AUGACUCCGAAGAGAAUACGAAGUGAAGUAUCAGAAAAUGUGAAUGCGCUACACAGAGACGAUUUCUACGUGAUUCCCAAAGAUUCCCAAAGACUUGCCUCCGAAUUGGUACUCAUUGACGUGAAUGAAAAUUUAGCGAAAGCGGAAGCUGAAGAUUUGUCACACGCUGGAACUUUUAUUGGCAGUCCAAAAAUUAUUGGCACUAAAGAUUACAGUUGGGCAAGAGAUGCAACUGUUUGUGUGAUCACUGCCGGAAAGAGAAAAGAAAAUGGUCAGGAUCCCAAUGAAUUGCUUAAAGAAAAUUUUGAAAUUUUUAAGUCUUUAAUACCAAAUGUCUGUAAAUAUGCACCGAAUUGUGUACUCGUUAUUGUCACUACUCCAGUCGACAUUUUGACCUUCGCUGCAAUGAAAUUUUCCGGAUUCCCACCAAAUCGUGUAAUUGGCCUCGGUACAUUUUUGGAGAGUUGUCGAUUUCAAUAUUUCAUCGCUCAAGAAUUGAAAAUUUCAAUGAAUUCCGUUCAAGCAUUAAUUAUCGGCGAAAAUAGCCCCAGUUGUGUGCCCGUCUGGUCAGCGGUUUCCGUAAUGGGAGUCAAAUUGAAAGACAUCAAUAAAGAAAUUGGAACGGAGCAGGAUCCCGAAGCAUGGAACAAGAUUCACGAAAAUGUGAUUGGCUGCAAUGAUCAAUUGUUGGCAAAAAAGGGUUAUUCCAAUUGGGGUGUUGGAAUUUGCGUUGGUGAAAUUGUCGACGCCAUUGUACGAAACACUUGCAUCUGCAUUACGGUGUCGGCAUUCGUAAAGGGUUGUCGACAUGGAUUCGAAAAAGAUAUUUUCACAUCCCUGCCCUGUGUAGUUGGCAGAAACGGAAUUCAAUCGUUCAUUCGUCAAAAUUACAAUUCAGAGGAACAAGAACUUAUGACAAAAUCUUGCCGUUCAAUUUAUGAGGCGCAAAAACAAAUUAUGGAUAAACUUGAAUAAAUUGAAGAUUUUCAAAUCCUAAUUAAAA